UUUUUAAUACGAAAUAAAAACUGUUAGCUAAAUUUGUGGGCAUAAAAUAGCCAUUAGAGUCUGGCUCUCUAGGUCGGACAAACACAAAGAUCUCAAGACAGAACCUAACCAGACAGUAACACCAACCCGGAUAACUACUAACUCCUCCUAGCUAGCUUGCACCAACCCCCAAAAGUUUUCGUUACCUCUCUCAAGAAAUCACAAAACAUCCAUUUCCAUAUUUUUUUUAGAAAGAAACCAAAACAAGAAAUGGUGAAGGCUCUUGUGAUCAUAACCUGCAUAAUCCUAGCCAUAGGAAACUGUGGAGGUCCUCUGAUUAUGCGUCUCUACUUCAACAAUGGUGGCCAAAGGAUUUGGUUCUCUACUUUCCUUGAAACUGCGGGCUUUCCGGUCAUCUUCAUCCCUUUGCUCUUCUCUUACAUUCACCGGCGCAGAAACAACAAUGGAAGCGAACCUACAAGUUUCUUUCUUAUCAAGCCGCGUCUUCUUGGCGCGGCUAUUUUCAUAGGCAUUCUCUCUGGCUUUGAUAAUUACUUGUAUGCAUAUGGUAUAGCUUAUCUCCCAGUUUCAACUGCUGCUCUCAUUAUUGCUUCUCAGUUAGCUUUCAUAGCUAUCUUCUCAUUCUUCAUGGUUAAACACAAGUUCACUCCUUUUACCAUUAAUGCUGUUGUGUUGUUGACUGUUGGAGCUGCGGUUUUGGGAAUGCAUACCGAAACUGAUAAGCCCGCUCAUGAGACUCGCAAGCAAUACGUUACUGGGUUCUUGAUGACUGUGGCAGCAGCUGUUAUGUAUUCUUUGAUCUUGCCAUUAGUGGAACUUGCUUACCAGAAAGCUAAGCAACCAAUGAGCUAUACGCUCGUGCUCGAGGUCCAGAUGGUUUUGUGCUUCCUUGCUUCUAUUGUCAGCCUCAUUGGUAUGUCCAUCGCUGGUGAUUUCAAGGCACUACCAAAAGAAGCAAAAGAGUUCAAGCUGGGGGAGGCAGUGUUCUAUGUGGUGGCUGUGUUUUCAGCCAUUAUUUGGCAAGGCUUCUUCUUGGGAGCCAUUGGAUUAAUCUUCUGCACAUCUUCUCUUGUCUCGGGUAUUAUGAUAUCAGUUCUUUUGCCCAUCACAGAGGUUUUAGCUGUCAUUUUCUACCAUGAAAAGUUUCAAGCAGAGAAGGGACUCUCUCUUGCUCUUUCCCUUUGGGGGUUUGUCUCUUACUUUUAUGGUGAGAUCAAGUCUGCCAAGGAAAAAAAGAGAAUUCAGCAGGAGGAGAGUCAGGAGCCAGAACUGUCUUCUAUGCCUAGAACCAUAAGCGAGUGUUAAAACUAAAUGGAUCAUAGAGUUUUCUUUAAGAUAUCGUAACACGCAUUUAUAAGCCCUGUAGUUAGAUUAGAGGAUGUUUACAACUUGUGGAACUAUGCCAAAAACACAACUCUCGAGGAGUUUUUUUCUUUUUCUUUUAAGCUUUA